AUGCAGAGCUCAAAUGGAGCCGGUGGGGAGGAGAAGGGCGCCCCUGAGGGGUCCCGGGGGUAUUACCGGACAGCCCCCUUUGACCCCCGCUUCCCCAACACAAACCAGACCCGCAACUGCUACCAGAACUACCUGGACUAUUACCGCUGCCUGAAGACAGUGGGGGCGAAGGGAAAGAACACCAGGCCGUGCCAGUGGUACUACCGGGUCUACAAGUCCCUAUGUCCCAUCUCCUGGGUGAAGCGCUGGGAUGAGCAGCGAGACGACAGAUCCUUCGCUGGCAGGAUCUAG